GAAGGCGCUAGGGCGACGCUAAAGUAGCAUCGGUGUUAACAGGCCCGCAUCCUUCGAGGUUCACGCUUGCUUCUACUCCAGAAACCUUGCUCGCCCGCACACUUGGCAUCACUAUCGCCGGGCCUCCUAUUCUUUACUCUUUAAAGAGUUGUACAUGGGACACAAACCAACAUGCCACAAACUAGAGAAGUAACGACCUGCACUCGAUGCCGCCAAUCAAAGCGACGAUGCAACAAAGCUAAACCAAGCUGCACGCGCUGUGAGCGUGGAGGUAUUCCAUGUACCUACGAAGAAGGCCAGAAAAAGAGCCCACCAUCAAGCUAUAGCGAUUUAACGUCAGCAAAUACCUCCAAAUCAGCAACUACACCUCCCACGCCCAUUGUUCAGCACCAAGGGGUGAGGAAGCGAAAUCGAACAUGCCUAUCGUGUAGUCGUUGCCAUCGCCUAAAAGUCAAGUGUGACCAAAAACAGCCAUGUGCUCGAUGCUCGUAUUCUGGAGUUCAAGCGGCGUGCACGUAUACGCACAGAGCGAAGCUGCCUCAGCAAUCCCACGAGCAAGCACCUGAGCAGCCGCAGCACCAAGAAGUCCCUUUCGCGUUGACAGACGAGGACCCUGAGUUCGUUGUCGCGACAUGGUAUCUGCGUAAACGAGGCUCGACUCAUUAUAGAGCUAUCCUGGACCGUAUGGAAUCGCUCUCUAGCCUUCAUUUGACUCCUUUUGCGAUUGCUGUGAAGCAGCACAUCGAGGGGCACAGCUGCACCGACUUCGCACUACCAAGCAAUUAUCCUUUCGGCAGUUCAGAAUCAGCUCGUUAUGCAUCACUACAGCAGGUGCACGAAUUGAUACAGAACUGUCGUGCAGACGUAGCCUCUCUGAUGGCCGGUUACUUUCGAUCCUUCCACCCUUCAUUGCCUGUAUUUGACAAGUCAGCUUUCCGCGCCAAGUUGGAAGACUUCUGGAAGCAACCGGAGACUAUAGAUCUGAGCUGGCUUGCCCAAUUUCUUGCAGUACUCGGGCUUGGAGCAUACACGAUUGAAUAUGGAGCAAACACCACAGGUCACAGUAACGCGGCUGCUGCAGAGUUCUUGUACGCAAGCGAAGCUUGCUUGGCAAAGACGACGUACAUGGCUCGCCCUACAACCACUACUAUAAGCACGCUAUGCCUCAUGGUUGUAGCCAAACAAGCAACGACCGCGACUUGUUGGACACUCGAUACCUGCUGGAAUGUUAUGGGCAUCGUUGUUCGAUUGUCCAUGAUGAUGGUCCUACACAAAAAUUGGAUGCCUGGUUAUGACGAACCAGCUAUCGUCUGCGAAAGAGCUCUCCGCUGUCGUCUUUGGAUUCUCAUUGUCUACCUCGACACACAGAUGUCGCUUCGUACUGGUCAGCAGAGCAUGCUACCGCAAGGCACUGUCGACCUGACAACCUCCUGCGUUAAUCCCCGGGACUGUUGGGAUACCAUCAUACCACGUUCUCUGCCAAUCAUUUGUCACUUCCUAUCCCGCCUCAAUGCGCACGACGGCGAGAUUUUUUCGUACGAUGAAGUGCUCAGUUACGACAGUGAUAUCACGCAAUUCAUGCGUGAAUCUACCGUAUUCCUUGAAGAUGAAGUUGUACGUCUGACUCUGGAUAUCUUCUUUCGACGUGCGCUCCUCGCCGUACAUUGUCAGUACGCGUUGCGACCCAAUGCGUCUGUUCUGUUUCCGGCAUCGUACAACUCGACUUUCGAGCACAACCUCGCGCUCUUGAAUCACUAUCAUCAACUGUCUUCAAUUUCGCCGCAUACACAAUUGCUGGCUCAGCCGUACAUGCUGGACUUUCUCGCUGCUGCUUUCACGACCUGCAUGCUGCUACUGUCCCCGGAAGCAUCGUCUUCAUGCUCCUUGAUUGAUGAAAGUACAGGACUCACAUAUCGGCAGGCGAUGUUGAAUGCUCUCAUGCGCUGCAUGGAUAUACUUGCGAAAGAAAACAGCAAGGUCCUGUGCUUUCAAUCUGGAUUCCAGCAGCUUAAGAGGUUGUAUGAGCUCACUCCCAAAGAGUGAUCUACAGCUUGAUUGUCCCACAAGAUACCGUGGGAUCGGACAAAGCGCAGGGCGUGUCAGCUUUCACACGUGCACCACGUGGGCCUUAAUCGAAUACGGUGGCAGGCAAUCGACAUUGCGGUGCAACUACUUCGUCGAUGUGUCAUUGUUGUCGACGGAAGCGGUCGCGGCAUCUGUAACGGUUUCUGUCACAGAACCUCGCUUCAGCAUUCCCAGCGCGCGACAACUUGCCAAAACACACCAUGACGGCGAAACAGCCCGCACUAUCAUAUUCGCCAUACACUUCGGAAUGCCAAAAUUCGAACGGUGG